AUCCUCUGCCAGGCAUCUGAGAUCCCCAGGGGGGAAAAGGCUGGCACAACGGAGGCAAAGGCAACCAACACCAAGUGGUGGCCGGGCCACAAGCAGAAACACCCCACAAGGAAUGGCAAGUGCAACCUGAUCGGCUGGUGGGAGAACGAGCUGGGCUCCAAAAUGCACGUGUCCACAGUCGACAGCCAGGGCAACUUCUCUGGCGAGUACCACACCGCUGUGUCAAGUGCCCAGAAGCCCAUCAAGCCAUCCCCCCUCAUUGGCUCCCAGCACUUGGAUGAGGAUGGGCAGUGCACCUUUGGCUUCACCAUCAACUGGAAGUUUUCUGCUGUCUUUGUGGGCCAGUGCUUUGCUGGGGACAGUGAGGACGAGGUCCUGCAGACAUCCUGGCUGCUGCGGGAGAAAGUUGACUCCCUGCACAGCGACUGGAAAGCCACCAGGACUGGCCGCAACGUCUUCACUCGGACAGGCUGA